AUGAUGAUGAUGAUGAUCAUGAUCAUGAUCAUGAUCAUGAUGUUGAGGACUAUGACGAUGACGAUGAAGAUUAAUAACAGUAGCUGGACUUCGUGUAGUACAGUUCAGGGAGUAAUCUGGCGCGAGUAAAUGACUAAUUAAUAUUAUCCAACAGAUUCCGGAAUUGAAAACGUCUUUUGAGGGUAAACGUCUGUAACGACAUUACAAAGGACGCCAUUAAAGCGCGCGUAAUUGACGAGCGAGUCACCUGAGUAUCAAAUUAGGAAAAGUUCAAAGUGGAUACCAGUAAUUGAACACCAACGUCAUCGCUCGCCGAUUACGUGAUAUUUGGCUCGCGGAUCCCCAAUCACAAUUGAGGAUUUUUAACAGAUACGAUAAAUAAUGAAGAAGAAAUGACCAAAAAUAAAUAAAUAAUAAAGAAGAAGUGACCAAAAGAAAAAAAAAACAAACAAUUGACUGCUCCCGGGCUACAAAGCCGGAAAGGCUAAUUUGGUUGAUUGGUUCCUUUUGUUUGGUCUUUGCCUAUCUUCGCCUUUAUCUUUUGUCAAAUUUAUUUCCACUCGAAGUCUAACUCGAUCUUCAACUCGAAAACCGAUUCGAAGUCCAACUCGAAGUCUAACUCGAAGUCUAACUCGAACUCGAGUCCAAACUCGAGGGAUUAUUUCUCCCGAGGGCUGCAAAUUCGCGAUGACCUUGACUGCGUACUGAUCCCCGGGGACUGUUGGAUGAUCACGAGACUAACACAAGACAAACUUAACAUAGUAAUGAGCUAAUUUACUUUCUAAAUGAUUAUUCAUCUUCCCUUAUCUACGGUAAGGAGUAAAACAACUUCGACUCGAACUUCCAUAUAAAUGUCAUCAAACGACGCAGUUAAUUUUGAGAGGAAGGCCUGAACAACAAGACGAUUUGGUCACGUUACGGAGUUUUCACCAUCUCGUUGAUAGGACUGUUGACAGAACGUCCAUGACUAUAGCACAAUCUUUCUUUCAUUUUCACCGAUAAAAUUCUGGUCGCUGGUCAUUUCCUCGGUUCAUUUUGUACUCAAACGUCGGGAUACCACAAGCAAGACGAUAUUUUAAAAACAAAGUGCUCUUGACGAGUUUUGUUUGCCGAAAUAAACGUUUCUAUUGGUUCCAAAGUGGACCAUUUCUGGUUGAACGCUUUGAUGACGAUAGUCGUUGGAAAGGCAGGUUGAUCUUGUUUCACAGCAAAUAUCACAAUUGUCAACGUGAGGAGUUGGAACCACUACACGGAAUCUCAGUGUUAGGACGACUAAAAUGAUAGUAUUAGCUUUCCUUGUUUACCAGGUUGGAGCAGUGUUAGCAGGACAGAAACUCGAUCUUCACCCGUAUCUUGACACGCUUCAGUUCCGUAAUGGUCCUUCGUUUGUCCAUGCCAAUCAAAGGUUUGGUUGGGAGCAGUUCUGCGUAUUAUAUUCUGAACCAGAAAAUGUUUCAACUAUUCGAUUUGGCUGGGAUUCAUUGGGAUUGAGAAGCUACUUGUUUGAAAACCCAGGAAAUCAAAAGAAGCAGCGGUCACCACCAGGAGGUAUGCGCAGUGCAGUUCCCUUGGGUGGCCUUGGAACGGGAUCGUUUGAGCUCCGUGGAGAUGGCUCUAUCCACGAGUGGACGAUCGAGAACCAGACUCCUGCAGGCUCGGCCAAACUCAAUCAAGCGGCUCUGGAUCUAGCUGUGUUCGGUGUCCGUGUGCACACUGGUGCCUCAAACACAGCACUACUGAUGCGCACCCACCCUCCCAAGGGAUAUCCAGGUGUUGCGUCCUUGGGUUAUUCUGGCUCAUACCCAGUCUCCAAGCUUACCAUACGAGAUAAACGAUUUGGUGACGUCAAACUGGACCUUUUUGCAUUUUCAGCCUUGAAACCACGUGAUUCCAAAACGUCAGCCACGCCUGCCAUUGCUUUUACGUUACGCAUCAAAAACCCAACAAAGAAGUCUAUCAAGGUGUCAUUCAUGUUAAACCUACCGCUAGGUAUUCAGACUGACACAAAAAGGUAUGGAAAGCCAACCAAAAGCUUCAAAGUGAGCAACUCUGACCCUACUUCAUGCUCUAAAACGUGUGUAGAUGAUUUGGAAUGCCUGUCAUGGCAAGUAGAUGUAAAAAACAAAACAUGUUUGUUGUUCGAUCAAGUGCCUCCUCAUNCCCUGUCCGUAUGUAUCAUAUAA